AUGGGUCAACGAGAAGAAGAGUCUUUGAAGAUUGAGGAAACGACAGAAGACUCCGAUUAUACCCAUAUUCGUGGAUUGUACGUCUUUCAACUCUAUCUAGACCAUCCGUUCCUUGCCAACUGCUCAAAAUCGAGAACGCGGGCAGACAACAUCAAACGACGACGAAUUUGGAAUUACAUCACUGCAAGUGUGAAAGAAAAGUUUGAAGGAAAUGUCACUGUCGAUAAGGUGAAGAAAUUGGCUGAAUAUUGGAAGAAUAAAUACUCUGAUCCAUUGCAUAUCUCACCCAGAAUCGCGUUGGCUCUCUCUGAGCUGACUGGUCGGGAUACUGUAUUUCCCUCCUCCCCACCACCACCUCCCAGUGAACUUGAGAAACACGAAAUCGACGCGAUUCUUUCGCAAAGAGUUUAUUGGAUUGUGAAAGCAGCGAAAAUGUAUAUGAAGGAAUCUGGAAUCGAUAUGGAUACUCUAGGUCGCUCGACAGAGUCCAACGAUAGAAGAACGAUAAUGUGGAGUUCAAUACGCGAAGAAAUAAACAGAAGAUAUUCUGGAAAGGUUGGAGUUUUGGGAUUUUUUCAAACGAAGAAGGUUUUCUCCAAUUACAAAAGAAGACAUCCAGGAGAAUUCAAAGACACUUCCGAUGAAUCAAUAUUCGGAACUGAAAUGAAAAUGGAUUGUGAUGAGGUGUUGGAGAAAGAUCAAGUAGUUGAAGAGAAGCAAAUCGAAUCUAUUGAACUCGAAAUGAAAUCAGAACCUAUUGAAACUGAAGGAUUUCCGUGGAGAAAAUAUUCUGGAGAAUCUGGAAAUGAAGCUGAAAAACUCGUAAAAUCUGAAGAUGUUGAAAGAGUCUCGGAAACCUUCGAAGUGGGAACACUCGAUGUUUUAGUGAAGAAGGAGAUCGCUUAG